GGGAUUUGAACCAUGAGUCAGCAGUCAGUAUCCAUUAUUAAAAAAUAGAGAAAAACAAAUUAAAAAUGACUCGGCUUCCUAUAAAUACCCUUAAACAUCACCCUUUCUUCACGACUCCUAUUGUUGUGUUGCUAAUUCCUCCAAUUUCUCAAAUAUUCUAAACAAAUUAAUUUUCUUACUUGUUCUCUUGUAAUGGAUUUCUCCUCUCCGAUCAACUGCCUCAUUUUCGAUUUGGAUGACACAUUAUACCCUCUGAAAACUGGCAUAGCGCCAGCUGUCAAGAAGAAUAUCGACGAUUUUCUAGUGGAGAAAUAUGGAUUCUCGGAAAGUAAAGCUUCAAGUUUAAGAGUUGAACUCUUCAAGACUUAUGGAAGUACUCUUGUUGGUCUCAGGGCGUUAGGUCAUGAUGUUCAUCCUGAUGAAUAUCACAGUUUCGUGCACGGAAGAUUACCGUAUGGCUCGAUCGAACCAAACAAUAAGCUACGUAACCUUCUCAACAAAAUCAAACAGAGAAAAAUUAUAUUUACGAAUUCGGACAGGAAUCAUGCGGUGAAGGUUCUCAAGAAAUUGGGUUUAGAAGAUUGUUUCGAAGAGAUGAUUUGUUUUGAGACAAUGAACCCGAAUUUAUUCGGGUCAACAACCCGACCCGAUGAACACCCGGUUGUUCUCAAGCCGUCGUUGACCGCAAUGGAUAUUUGCAUUCGUGUAGCCAACGUUGAUCCUCGCCGAACAAUAUUUUUGGAUGACAAUAUCCACAAUAUUACCGCGGGUAAAUCUGUCGGGCUUCGCACGAUACUGGUGGGAAGAGCAGAAAAGACGAAAGAUGCGGAUUACGCAGUGGAGACAGUAACUGAGAUAGCUACGGCGGUACCGGAGAUUUGGAAGACGGCAACGGCUACGGGCGGGUUUGACGUUGGCGGUGAGAGGAUCAGACGGAGCAAGAGUGAGCUGGAGGGUAUGGCUUCAAUCACAGCCGUCGGUGCGUGACGUGAUCAAGUGGGCGAAUCGUGGCCGUUGGAUCUUUUUAACGUCUAGUGGUUGGGAUUGUACAGGUGGCGUUAAAAUGUUGAUAAUGCAUGUGAAUAUAAUAAUAGUGGUGGUGGAGAAUAUUCAUCCAAUGUGGACACCAAAUGUGAAUACGCAAUCAAAUAUUAUUAUGAAUGAUGACUAUGAUUCCAAUGUGUAACCGAAAUUUUAAAGUUU